UAAUAAUUAUAGGUGUUAUUCUUACUAUUUAUCUUGUACUUUGCAAUGGGAAUACUUCUGAAACUAAAUUAUGGAUUCCUUUUGUUGGAAGAACUUCUUUGGUUCUUAAUAAAACAAAAGAGCAGCUGAAGAUGAAAAACAAAAUGGAUCUUAAACAGUUAAUUAAUUUGUUUGACAAAGGACCCCUCUUUGAUUCAUCCUAUUCACCUUUAUAUGAGAGAAUUCCAUCCAGCACAGAACCAUCUUUUGACUAUUUCUUAGGCGAAAGGAAUGUACCCAAUGUAAAUUGUCGUCUUCUUUUUGAAAAAGACUUACAGGAGAUUCAAAGACUCGACCAAUUUAAUAAAAGUGUCUCUAACAACAUAUCACUGUGUCAGCAAACGGAAGACUGUGACAAGUUUAUACAUAAUAGAAAAUAUGUUGUUGACCCCCUGACCGAGGAAGAGAAACUUUUCUCCAUAGCAUACAGUAUACUUGUAUAUGAUAAACCAGAGCAAUUUGAAAUUCUUUUAAGAGCUAUUUAUCGACCUCAAAACUUCUACUGUAUCCAUGUCGACAGUAAGGCCUCACUGGAAUUAUUCGACGAAUUUAAAUGCGCAAUCAAAUGUUUUCCAAACGUUUUCCUGGCUUCACAGAGGAUACCGGUCGAGUGGGGAAAGAUGAGUGUGUUAACCCCAGAAUUGGUCUGCCUGAAAGACCUCCUUCAGUUCUCUCGUUGGAAGUAUUUCAUUAAUCUAACAGGACAAGAGUUUCCGCUUCGCACAAACUACGAGAUAGUAAAAAUACUAAAAAUACUGAAUGGCUCAAAUGAUGCCGAGGGCACAUUAAAAAGGGCAAACAAGGAAAGAUGGAAUAUCAAAGAAAAACCACCACACAAUAUCAACCCCGUAAAAGGAUCGAUCCAUGUAACUCUUAACAGACAAUUUGUGGAAUAUGUUAUCAGUAAUCCCGUUGCGAAAGACUUCUUGAAUUGGGUCAAUAAAACAGAUAUUCCAGAUGAAACUUAUUUUGCAUCAUUAAUACACAACCCCCACCUUGGGAUACCUGGGAGUUUUAAAGGGGACAUUGAGACUGACUUUGCAGUAAAGAAACCAUUUUUGUCCCGCUUCAAAAACUGGGUAAAUGCUCCAAAUCCAUUACCAUGUCUGGGAAAAUAUGUCAGAUCGAUCUGUAUUUUUGGACUUGGAGAUCUUCCCCAACUGGCACGUCGUCCAGAGUUCUUCGCAAAUAAGUUCCACAUUGACUACAAGCCACAUGUCAUCCAUUGCAUGGAUCAACUGAUUUUUAAUAGGACAAGAGAUGAAUUGUAUAAAAAUCUGAAAUUUCGGACAACCUUUUAUGAAAAUAUAGAGUCUAUAAAAGAUGUUGUGUAA